ACUGCAUACAUGGGAGGCAGACAGACAUGAGCAGGAGGAUGGGGAUGGAUGGUACUGAAGGCCUUCUGGGAAAUGGAGUUUAUUGAAGUGGCAGCAGCAUGCUGGCGCAGAAAGCAGGGAAUCAACUGGCAUUGAAUGGUAAGCUGUUGUAAGACAUAAUCAAACAUAAAAUACAUUUAUAGGGUGUUCUUUCUCCACUGGUAGUCCGGUAGAUAAAAUUGUAACAUUUGUUACAUUUUCAGCUUUGAAACCCUUUGAAAAAUAUGUUCCCCUCCUCACACGUGGUGGCGCUGCAACAAGCACCACUGAAGGAAACGACAGGAAAACCUCUGAAGAAGACAUGAGCGCAACUUCCUUUCUUCACAAAAUGCAAACAAAUGGAGUGGCGUCCGAUUUUAGCGGUAGCAGGAUUUCUCUUUUGUCUUUGCUGAACGACCACGAGCCAUUUCUCCUGCUUGCGCUAGACUUGCUGUAUUUACCCAGAAUACCCUGCACUCAAGUCGAGCGUUUUGGCGUCCACAUAUGCAUUAGAACCACACCAGAGUUCUCUUCCACCAAAGAGGGUGCGGUUGUGAGGCCUUGUGGAGUUACGGGGAUUCGAGGAGGUGGAGGUCUCUUGCCGACCCUGAUGAGAUGCCGCCCUGGACCGAUGCCCAUGUCACCCAUAUCAGAAACCGCCACUGUGCCUGUGCUUCCACAGGCCUGGGUCAAAUAAUCAGAUCAUGAGCAGGAUGUGACUGCAUACCAAGGAAGUAAUUGAGUCAUUUUGAUUCAAGCUUGUUGAACCAGGCGCUCAUCUAAACGUUACAGGACAUGGGACCUCAGAAACUGGAAUUGAGGACCCCUGAUCUAAGGUAUGGUCAGGGGUCCUGAUCAUUCCAUCACUUCAUUGUGACGUGAAGGAAAGUGGUUUUAAAAAUGUUUGCUAGUUGAAAUCUGACUUGUGGAAUUUGUAUUUUAUGAAUCUGAUGGACCUAAAUAGAUCUCAGUGCAACUGACUGGCUUCAGAGCAAAAACAAAACUGUUUAUUUGGUGAAAAAGACUUGAGCAGGAGCAGAACCUCAACUUUCAGCAGAACAAUUAGAACAAAGGGACAGUUUAGAUUAAUUUACUGUCAUAUGUUAGUUUGCAUACACUCUCGAUUCAAUUAACUCUUACCAAAAAGUAUUUUCAGCUAUCAUUGAGGUGAUGUCACAUUUUGUUGGUCUGUGACAUAAAAUUACAAUACAAAACAUUGACAAAAAGUAUAAAAAUAAAAAGGACUCAGGGUUAGAGGUACUGAUUUGUAAACCUCUAUAAAAGAUUUCAGCUUGAACAACUACUCACUAGAAUAUUUAAUAUGUCUCAUUUUAUUUAAAAUGUUGAUUUUAAGCCUCUUUUACAACCUUGGGUCAUCAAGAUUUGACAUAUUUUGAUUUAUAGGUUAAGCUAACUUAAAAUCACCUCAUGGAUUUUUCUAUUGUAAUUGUUUACAUGUCAAAAAGUUUUGUUUGUAUUGUGUAUAUUUUGAUCUAGAGAUAUUUUGAUUUCAGAUUCUUAAUCUUUCUCACAAUGCUGUCUCUCCCGACCUGCAACUUUAGCUGUUACAGCUCCACCUUCUGGUCAGGAUUAGUAAAGACUGUUCCAGUAAUAAUUUAGCUUCACUUUCUUUACUUUCGUUUCUGGGGAAAUUCAUGUGUUACAGUGUGCAAACGUUUAACUUGAUAAAACAAAAUACAGAGGAAUUAUGCAACAGAUUAGGAUAAGCAUGUUCUGAACUGUCUCAUUCAAGUAUCGGGUGUCUCAUAUUUGAUGUGACUGUGUGUUAAUAUUUGUGUUCCCAAUAAACCCUCUGGAUUAAUCAGAAAAAUAUUUAUUACGCUUAAAUUACAUUGUCUCUCAUUUAAAGUCUGGAAGAAAAAAAUACAAGAACACACACAAAAAACUUUCCAUCCAUGCAUCCAUCUAUUCAUCCAUUUUCUUGUGCUUUUCCGGGGUUGGAUAGAAGCCUCAGUAGGGAGACCCAGACUUCCCUCUUCUCUCUGCCAGAUGAAAAAUACAAAGAAAAUAUGAUAGCCAAUUAAAUUAGAUUAAAUGUGAAAGAAACAUUUCCCAAUUUUUCUCAUUGUCCAUUUGCCAGGCCAAUGUUGUCAGUGGACCCCAUCUGGCAAUGUCUUACAAAAGUUUCUGGAGUUUGUGGAUGCGCUGCUGCUGCUCAGAGCGAGACCACAGAAAAACGUAGCAGAGCACAAACCCCCAAAUUUUGCAGCGCUCUAAGAAGCCACAAGGUAGUUUAUUUUUACACUGCAACUGAAAUGUGUGGUUUGCAGACUGGGUAGCAUGAUUUGUGUGAAAUAAACAGCAAGUUUCAUACGUUGCACAUUUUUUUGGUGCAUCCUGUUCAAUUACUUAAACUCCUGUUAAUUUGGGGUGGAUUUUAUUUUUCGAUGACAAAAUGUCAGCAAUUGUUACCGGCUUUUGUGUGGGAAACAUUUUUGCUUGAACGCUGACAUUGGCUUGUGGUAAAAGGGUCACGUUUAGAAAAUCUUGUUCUAGUGGGAUUUUCUUGAUAGUUACAGAACAAGUCUAUUUGAGGUCAUUGUGGGGAAAAAAGUGCCAAGCUGAGCUGCACCCCAUUCAGUGUUCAGUUGUUUAUUGUUUAAAAUGUUCACAUAUUAAUGUUUUCUUACAUAUUCUUAUCCCUAGAAAAGAAAUGUAUUUAUUUGCACUUAAAAAACAAAAAUGUAAAUUUUUAAGAAAGUUCCAACUCAGGACAAAACUAGGCCUAACAAUUAGGAUCAAUCCCUUUAGCUCUUGCUAUUAAGAGUAGAGUUAAAACUAUUUUAGUGAGUAACUACUACCGGUCUGAGUAAAGUUUGCUCCACUUUUCUCUUUAGGAUGUAACAUUACUAAGUUUUUUCAUGUUCAGUCAAUUUCAAAUCACAGCAUCUCAAUAAGAUCCAGAUCUGGGCUUUGACCUGACCCAGGAUUUUCCAUUUUUGAAUUCUCAGAUAGUCUUUGGUGGCUUUAUUGGUAUGUUUUGGGUCACUGACCACAUUGAAAGGUCCGGUUCUACUUCAGUUUUAUUUUUGUCACAUAUUUUAUAUUUUUCCCUUAUAUAAGUGCACCAUGAAUUUUAUACGGUAUAAUCUAAAGUGGAUGUGACCAUGACACGUCCACUUUCAUGCUUCCCGAUUGUUAAGAAACUCUUUUCUAGGACUGCUAUAAAAUGUCCUCUGUUCUGGUGUCCAAAUAAUUCAGAUUCAUCUGUCUAAUGAACAUCAUUCCUGGAAUCCCGAUCUUUGACUACGUUCUUUCUGGCAAUAUAAGGGUUUUUUUUGUUCUCUGAAAGUGAAUGUUUCCUGUUGUUUUUUUAAAAUUGUUUAUCAAGAAACACAUACUUAAGAGUACAGUUCUGCAUGCUGUGGUGGCGUAGGGGAUAGCGCAACCCACGUUUGGAGGCCUGGAGUCCUCGACGCGGCCGUUGCGGGUUGAAACAUGACAAAAAUGUUGUAAAGUUCAAGGCGCCGUACGUGUCGGACAUGUCCAACCCAGAUCUUUCAAAAUCAGUUUUCCUUUUUACAUUUCAGUUCAUCCCAAUUAUCACAGUAGCUGUCAAAACUUGUGUUUCUUUUAGGAGCAGCUUGCCACCUGCCGACUAAAGGUCAAGGGAGGAAGUGUUUAUUUUCCAUGGCCUGUGAACUGGGUCAAGCCACGUAAGCAGGAAGUGGAGGAGUUUAAAAAAUGGCCCUAAUCAAGGCAAAAAUGUUCACACUGUCAGCUUUACUGCAGACAAACGGUUCAGAUUGAAUAAUUGUGCUUGACUCUUCUUGGAAUUGGUUAGAAGUUAUUUAAUUUUAUAUCUUAAACAAUUUGUUCAGUAUUAAUGUAAAGAACUCCUAAAUGGUCACUACAUACUCCAAAUGUAUCUUCUUCUUGUUGCUAAGAUGCAAUGAAAAAGGUAAAUUAUUGACUUGAUGCUUUCAAUUGAAGUCUUCCCUCUCAUUUGUUUUCAAACUGCAGUCUUACGGUGCACAGUCUUUGCUGAACUAAUGAAUCCAUCCACUUGCUUCAAAGAGGAUUACAGCUCCUUCUGCUUAGCUUAGUUACCUCAAAUUAGGAUGAAGCUAAAGAGAGGUCUGCUGUCUACAACAGCCAUCUGUCUGCCAGGUGGACAGUCGGGAGCUGCCGGCGCUGAUGGAGACCAGACUAGAGCUGGAUGUGUUGAUAUACCCUGACGAGGUGAGGGUCGCCACCCCGGAGGACCUCAGGCAGUGGGACCUGGAGACCGCCAGCCAGGUCUCCAUCCCCACCAUUCGACUCUUUGUGGCGCUUUACCCGUACAACCCGGCCGCCAUGUCUCCCAACCCUGACACGGCGGCGGAGGAGUUGCCCUUUGUGCCUGGCCAGAUCAUCAAGGUGUUUGGAGACAAAGACUCCGAUGGUUUCUACCAUGGAGAGUCUGGUGGUCUCUCCGGCUACGUGCCAAGCAACAUGGUGGCUGAAGUCCCAGUGGACGACGAGUACCUGAAGCAUGUUCUCAUGCAGCAGGGUUUCCUGCCUGUGGACCACACAGGUAUGUCUUUAACACCAGAGCUAAGUGAUGUUGCCAGCAUUCGUGAAGAUGUGAUCGUUAGAAGAAUGGUGGCCUUAUUCGACUACGAUCCAUGGGAAAACUCCCCCAACAUGGACAGUGAAGUCGAACUGGGCUUUCGAUCUGGAGACAUCAUCUAUGUGUUGGGUGACAUGGAUCAAGACGGUUUUUACUUUGGAGAUCUUCACGGAAGACGAGGUUUGGUUCCUUCGAACUUCCUGCAACCCUUACCCUGGAGUUAGACACCAUGCUAACACCUCUGCUACUAAUACCAAGUCACAUACACAAUCAAAUCAGCAGCUUUUACUGAGAAAAUGUAAAUAUGUCAAAUAUUUGUGUAUAUUUUUAUUUUAUAUAGUAGUGUUGUAUUACUUUUGCUGUAGAAGGCCUUCAAAGUAUGACAAGUAGCCCACCACAACAAUCAGGAUGAUGAACAAUGAAGAGAAACAGGUUAUAGGAUACGAUUCUUUAUUGAUCAUUUUAAAGAAAAACUCCAACUCACCUUAUAGGGGAAAAAAAGACAAUUUUUAAAACCAUGAUUGAAUAUCUUUUUUUUUGUAAUCCAGCAAAAUUAUUUCCAGAGAAUUUAACUUGACGGAUGUCUGGUGACUUCUAGCCUUAAAAAAAAUACACUUUUAGUCACAGCAUUGUGCAGACCAGAGUGUCUGAAUCUAGUUUGCCUUAUAUUGUGUUCAUCUGCUUUCUAAAACAUGCUUAAUCUCUGAUGCAAGAGAAUAAAUAACACAUUAAAACAUUCAUGUAAAAACAAAAAAGCUCAGAAAACCAAGUUAAA